CGUUAGACCAAUAGGCAUAGCGUAUUUCCAACGCUGGCGGCCUAUCACGGCCGUCGUAUUUGAAAGCAUCCCAAAUGGCACUUCACCAUAUAAACAGGCACGGCGCAACGUAUUUUGUAUUGAAGUAUCAAAGCAUCCACUCUCAUCACCAUCGAAUACUCCAUCUUCAAACACUCAAUCCAUCACAAAAUAUCCGAUAUGUCGUCUCAACCUGCCACUUGUUGUCGUAAGGACGGUUCUCAGUGCAGCUGCGCUGAGCAGGCUAAGUGCUCGUGCGGAGCGCGUAAGGCGCUAGACUGCAAUUGCCAGAAGGCGUCAGAAGAGAAUGUCCUCAGCGGUCCUCGGUGCUCGUGCGCGAAGCGACCAGCCCAGGAGUGCACUUGCGAGAGAGCCGCCGAGGAAAACAAAGUCUCAGGAGCCGCCUGUGAGUGUGGGAAGCGUCCCGCCGAUGCCUGCACAUGCGAGAAGAACCCCGCACUUGGGCUGAGGGAAGGAGAGGUUGAUUUCACGACGAAGGCAUGAGUUUGAGCGGGAUGGGAAUUGUAAUUGGAAUUUGGAACAGCAUUCACUGGGUUGGAGCAUGCGGAAGAUGUAUACUUUUAUGUGUGGGAUCACUACGGUAUGAGCCGAGCUAUACAUGACGAACGAAUUUGUUGUCACUCGAGUACUUUGAAGGAUCCAAG